CCUCUUCAAGUCAAUCAGUUGCAGGACCGGUGCUGGGCAUAGUGGUGCUGCAGUGGUGAGUGGGAGGUGCGCUGUCAAACAUGUCGCAUGCCGCAUCCCGCGCACGGAGGAGUGGCCACGGGCAGGCAGCAUGGGCCUCUUCUGUGGCCUGUGGCGCGUGAGAGAGAGUCGUAGGCCCUGGAGUGCUGCGAGCCUGCGACACACACUGUCGCCGAACUCGCGUUUGCCUCGUUGCCCACCCUGCCUGCCAGAUUCGGGAUCCUGCUUUACCCGUCCAGUCACCUCGUGCUGCUCAAUUGGUACUUGCAGGCCUCACCUCACCCUCCCGCGCUCCCCCGACCACACAACCCCAAGCCCAUGUCCAGAGGAAAGCAAGUGAAUACUGUUAAGAAGUACCCGUCUCACUGCCACACCCCCGACCGCCCUCGCUCCAUGCAAUCAAGAACAUCCUUUCGAUCAGACAUUGAGAUGCUGAUUGUGCCUGACGAAAUGCGAGCAUCUCAUUCUACUCACGGCACUGUGGAGCAGGUCCAUAUGGAGGACAUCGAGAAGCACGCGAGCCCGAGAUCUUCCUUUGCUAACGAGGACGUCGACUGCCUGGCGUGGAAGGACCUCACCGUCACCGUCAAAGAUCGCGCCACUGGACUGGACCGCGACAUCUUGGACAAUGCCUCCGGUAUUGUACGCCCCGGUGAAAUGGUAGCCCUCAUGGGCCCGAGUGGUUCGGGCAAAACGACGCUGCUUCACACUCUCGCACAGAGGCAAACGGCCGCCGUUCACGGUCAAGUCCUGAUCAACGGCGAGGAACACCCGCUUGCGACCCACCGAGCCAUCUCCUCGUUCGUGGAGCAGGAAGACACUCUUACGGGCAGUCUGACCGUCGAGGAGACACUGGUGUUCGCCGCUCGUCUGAGCCUGCCACGUACCGUGACCCGACGCGAAGCACGCGAACGAGCUGGUAAGCUCAUUCAGUCGUUUGGGCUGACCGGUCAACGCCGGACCCUCAUAGGCACUCCCCUUCAGAAGGGCAUCUCAGGCGGCCAGAAACGAAGAGUCAGCGUCGCCACCCAGCUCAUCACAGGACCCAGAGUCCUCUACCUCGACGAACCUACAUCUGGUCUGGACUCCACGGCCAGUUAUGAGGUGAUAUCAUUCAUACGGGACAUUGCGCGACGAACCAAGUUGAUCGUCAUCGCCAGCAUACACCAGCCGUCCACCAAGACUUUCGAUCUGUUCUCCAGCGUGGUUCUUCUCAGCCAGGGCAAAACCGUGUACAAUGGAAGUGUACCGGAGAUGUCCACCUUCUUCGCGGAGAUUGGCAUGCCCAUCCCAGCGCACAUCAAUCCCGCCGAGGAGGUUCUCGACUUGAUCAACGUAGAUUUCUCUCAAGGCGAUGCCCAGACGAAUCUGGAGAUCAUCCUCCGGGGUUGGCAGCAGUCCGCCCGUGCUCGAGAGUUGAAGCGAGACGUCGAGGGAGGCUCCGCACGCCGGCUGCGCCUGGAAAUCACCGACGGGAAGCCAUCCUUCGCGGCCCAGACGGCGACACUGCUCCAUCGUGCACUCAUCAAGAGCUGGAGGGAUUUGGUAGCCUACUGGGUCCGCGUCGCCAUGUACAUGGGUCUGGCCAUCAUGAUGGGCACGGUGUGGCUUCGUCUGGGGACGACGCAAGAGAACAUCCAACCGUUCAUCAACUCCAUCUUCUUCGGCUCGGCCUUUAUGAGUUUCAUGGCGGUCGCAUACGUACCCGCAUUUCUGGAGGAUCGCGCGAUCUUCGUGAAAGAGCGUGCGAACGGCUUGUACGGUCCCACGGCGUUCCUACUCUCGAACUUCAUCAUUGGCUUGCCAUAUCUGUUCUUGAUUGCCGUGCUCUUCUCGAUCGUAUCCUAUUGGCUCAUCGGGCUACGACCAGAGGCGGGUGCUUUCUUCACGUGGAUCAUGUGGUUGUUUCUCGACCUGCUGGCAGCCGAGUCGCUCGUCGUCUUUAUGGCCAGCCUGUUUCCCAACUUUGUCGUGUCACUUGCACUGAUCGCGUUCGCCAAUGGACUGUGGAUGAGCGUGGGUGGCUUCUUGGUGUCGUUGCCGGUGCUUAAUGCGUUCUGGAAGUACGUGUUUCACUACAUUGACUAUCAGUCCUACGUCUUCCAGGGCAUGAUGGUGAACGAGUUCAAAGAGCGCAGCUACGCAUGUGAGACCAUUGCCGGACAAUGCUCGUGCAUGUAUCCCAGCGCGCUCCAGGACCAAUGCAGGAUUGCCGGCACAGCGGUUCUGUCUCGCUACGGCUACGCGUUGAACCGGGAGGGCCAGUGGGUGGGUAUCAUGAUUGCUAUCAUUGCGGUAUACCGACUCUUGGGAUGGGCAGUCACAUGGUUCCGCAAGUCCUGAAUAUGUGUGUGUAUUCGUCGGGGCUUGAGUUGGAGGGGGCAGUUUUCACGAUUCACUCACUACUUGCAUGGUCAGGUCUCUCUGACAACGUUUCUUACCACGAAAAUUUCGCAGCUGGGCGGCGAGUUAUUGUUAAUAAUAUCAGAGAGCUGUGCUAUAUACCUGCACGCGAAGAUGGGAUAGAGCUGUGUGAUAUAGACAGCCGUAACGGGCCGUCAAUCGGUCGGUCGGUUGGUGAUGUCCAAUUCAC